UCAGGGCGAAAACAGGCAGCCGGCAAGCGGGAGUUUCCCCGGCGGGCCCGCGUGAGUCCCCGGCCGCUUCCCGGAACCGCCGGCCCGCCUAUAAGAAGCCGGGCGCCGCCAGCCCCAGCGCUCAGUCGCGGGCGCGCCUGUAUUUGCAGCGGGAGCUCUCUUCCUCCUCCUCCUCCUCUUCCUCGCCUUCGGGUCUCGCUCGGCUCAGCAUGCAGCCGCUCCUCUCCUGCCUCCUGGCCUGGCUGGCAGCCGCCACUGCCCAAGAGACUCUGGAGCAACCCUUUGUGAGUGCCUGGCCAGAAAAGCCUGUGGUGGAAUACGGAAGCUCUGUGACGCUGAACUGUAGCACCAACUGCCAGAGCGUGCUCUCCGGUGGUCUGGAGACCAACCUGGAAAAAGAGCCGGCAGGAGAAGGACCCACGUGGAAAGCUUUCCGACUUGUCAACGUGAACGACUGGGAAUCUGCGCCUUCUUGCUACUUUGACUGUUCUGAUGUGGAAGACAUGAAACCCCAUCGUGUGAACUUCACUGUUUACCGAAUUCCAUCGCUUGUCGAGUUGGAUCCGGUGCCAGUGAUGGAGGUGGGGAAAAGUUACACCUUGACCUGCCGUGUUUCCGAUGUUGCCCCCAUCCAAAACUUGUCCGUGACCUUCCUCAAGGGGGGAAAGGAACUUCACGUGGAGACAUAUGAGAAGAACGUUACACGGGAAGCCAUAAGUUUUGGCGUGCAACAUGUCAUAACUGCCCAGCGGACGGACCACGGGGAAGAAAUCGGCUGCCGCGCGGCCUUGGAUCUGAGACCAGAAGGUCAUCUCUUUGAAAAGGCCUCCCUCGGCCAGUCAAUGAAGUCUGUUGUUUUCCCAUCGAAUCCCCAGCUCAAUACUGUACGACAUGUGGAACUGAACACCUUUGCGAUGGUCACCUGUGAAGUGGCUGGGGUUUUUCCUGCUGAGGAGGCUCAGUUUGAACUGACUUAUGCCGGGACGAGGGUGACCUUCAGUGUGAACGUGUUGGGGGAUUCGGCAAUGGCCCACGCUCAGCUUUUGUUUUUAGCAGCAGGAAAGAGCUCCUUGAAAUGCACAGUUUCUCUGGGGCCGGUGACGAAAAUCGCCGAGGAGGAAGUCAAUGUUUACAGAUUACCUGACCUCUUCCUGACCAUGGAUCACCAAGAGGCUCUUGUCAACAACAGCGUGAACGUUGUUUGUGAGGACUCCCAUCCCGAAGACACCCAGCCGCGAACCUUUUCAACACAAAUCCGAAAUAGCAAGGGAGUCUUGGCAUCAGGAGAUGGCCUUCCCCUCCAGUUUACAUUGACGGCUAGAGAAGAGGAUGACGGGCAGGAAUUCACAUGUCAAGUGGAGCUAGAGACUGGCGGCAGGCCCGUCAUAAGAACAACGUCUGAAGUUCUCACUGUGUACUAUGGCCCCCAGAUGAAUAAUUCCACCUGCCCCAGUGUCCUGACCUGGAAGGUCGGCAGUAUGGAAACUUUCAGCUGUUCGGCCUUGGGAAACCCAAAGCCAAAAAUUGAAUGCAACAAAUACGGGGUGCUUUACAAUAUCAGCGUCCCGCUGCACGUUACCACAGACCAUCAAGGCAGCUAUACCUGCAACGCCUCCAAUCCGCACGGCUUUGUUGUGACUUCCGUAACUAUCCAUGUUGAAGUUUCCUGCAGCACCACCAUGCUUGACCUGAUGGGUCAGGAAUAUGAGGAGAGCGACCCUUCUCCUGUGGCCACCACUCAUCAUGACAGCCAAGAGUGGAUGGCCCUGGCAUCAGCACCCCAGCGCCCCAGGUACUGGGUGUAUCCUCACAGAUCCCGUGACUGGUGGCAAAACCUUGUCCUGAACUGCUGGGAUGAUCGGGAAUGGCUGAAAAAUUUCAGAAUGACCAGGAGCACCUUCAUGAGCCUGGUCAACUUGCUGAGGCCACACCUACAACAUCAGGAAACCCCCAUGCGUCCUUGGCCAAGUGGCUGGUUUCUCUGCACCCCCGUUUGCCGAGAUCAGAUGUCCUACAAGAGAUCUGGCUGCAUCGAGCCGUUCGGCGGGAAACCUCAGCAGGAGACUGGCUUUGAAAGGAGCAGGGAGCUCGUCUACGAGCACCGAAGCAUUCGGGCCGGAAAUGAUCUCCGUUUCACUGGUCCUUCAAAUUAUCAGAGGACCCGCAACAUGAAAAUCAAAAAGAACAAUCUGGCCGGAAGAGCUGUUGGGCUGCUCCUUCUGCCAGCUGGGCUGGGCCGUGGGCCUGCUGAGCACCCCUUGAACCAGGCCCACCAGGCUGCCCAGGACUGGCAGCGGCAGCUAAGAAUGGGUUGA